AUGGAGAUAGACAAACUCUCGCAACCAAAAGUAAUGAAAGAUCAUGCACAUGGUGACAAAGAAGUUGUACAAGAAACACCAAAGAAAAGAACUCAAGUGAAAGCUACAGUGAAUAGAGAAAGAAUUCAAAAGGAGUGUCCAGGCAGGGUACGCUGUUAUGGGAGAAACAUAACUAAAACUUCCUUAAAGAGAAAGGCAGAGAUUAAUGCUUUGAAACAAGCCCACAGUGAAGAGGUCUCUACAUUAAGGGACGAGUUUCAAGAUAAGAUUGAUAGAUUGCAAAAUGCUUUUAAGACCGUAAUACAACAAUGCAAUCCUCAAAUUAAUAUAGAGUCAAUUAAAGAUUUGUUAGGAUUAUCUCAUGGAGAUGCUAAUAGUUCCCCAAACGAUAUAAGACCGCAAAUGCAUUCAUCUACAUCAACUCAUGCUCCAUGUCAUGGAAAGUAA